GUUUAGUUGGGUAUUUCUGUCUUCAAAGAUGGCGAAUUACUGAUGUAAACAAAAAAAAAAAGAAAAAUUAAAAUGUUAUUAAGAGCAGAACGCAAUUACAAUAUUUUAAAAUUUUAAAAAGACCAUAUAAUGUUCCCUACAUCUGGAUAUUUUAGAGCUGUAAAUUGUCCUUUUUUUCUUAGCGGCCUUUGUGAAAGACCUUACUGUCAUUUUCGCCAUUCAAUAAAAUUAGAUGAAAAAGUUGCUGGCAAAGCAGAAAAUGGCCCAAGCUACUCAACUACAGGUUCAAAACCGUAUCAACAUACAUCAACAUAUAAUCAGGGUUUAUUUCAAAGUACAUAUGCCCAGCCAGAUGUGGCAAAAUACAGUACAUUGGCUCCCAGUGAACCAGCAGGACCUGUGGAAAUCUACAAAACAGCAUCAAAUUCAACUGGUGAUUCUUGCACUAUUCCCAAUUUUACAAACUCAGAUCAAAGCUUGCCAGAAUCAUUGGAUGAUCCAUUAAAUUUGGCUUCAUUGCCAAAAAUAUCUGGUCUCCCAAAGCCAAAGCCAGUGUAUGGUGCAGACUCAUUACCUAGCUAUGUGCCAACUCCCAAGUUACACUUUCAGUCAGCGGCAAGCGUAUCUGUUCCAUCAUAUAAUCCAACUCCAAAAAAUAUAUCAGAUAAAAGGCCUAGCCGAACAAUUGAAUAUGAUCCUGUAAAAAAUUUUGCUUUUGUUGCCCAAGUAGUUUCUAGUGGUGAGGACAGCAGCGGUGAAGCAGACAAAGGAGACACAAACCAAAUAUUUGUGAAGCAGGUGCAGUCUAAAGAUGUAGAAACUCUGCCUGAGGCUAAUUUUAGUGAAGAAGAAUGCACUGAGGAGUCAGGUAAAUGCAAAGAAUCAUGGCAUGAUGAUGAUUUAACUGACUCUGAUGAAGAUGUGAGCUGUAGAAAUGACAAACAAACUGCCAGUAUAGAAGAUAAGCUUAUGGACUUUGCAUCUCUUCUCACACCAUCAUCCCAGAUAACUAGUAAAUUGGCUCGGCUUUCAGGUGAAGCCAGCCCCAAAAAGUCCUCAGAAUCUGACAAAAUUGUGAACACCUCUACCAAGCACCCUUACAGUCCUGACAGCACAUCUAAAACAUCUGAUGUUAGCCAAUCUAAAGUUCAUAUUCAUCGUUCGCACUCAUCAAACUCAAGUACUCACAAAUCAGAAUCUUCUAGAAAAAAACAUUCUACCAGCCGCUCAAUAUCAGAAAGUUCACAUUCUCAUUCAAAGUCUUUUAGCAAAAGUUCUUCCAGAUCUAAAAAUUCUGAUAGUAAGAAUCAAUCAGACUUUUCUAAGCCUGAUUCUAAAGCACAUGUGCACUCCUCAAAGUCAUCUUCUAAGUCUAGUUCAUCAAAGACUUCCUCCACCCAUGUUGACAGUAGUACAUCGAAUUCUAAAUUAUCACAUUCAGCUAAAGAUAAAAAAGAACCCUCAUCAACUAGCAGCAAAAAGAAAAGUUCGUCAAAAGACAGUUCUCACAAGUCCUUAAAACACACGGAGAGAGCGGGUAGCUCCAAUUCAGAAAAGGAAAACAAGCACAGUUCAAAGUCAAGACAUUCAGACUACUCAGGUAAAGUAUCAUCAAAGACAUCCUCUUCAACAGCAUCAGUUAGCAAGUCAGACAAUCCUUCACUUCAGAAUGGGGUGGUAUCUGUACAGAAUGAUCACAGACACAAAUCUUUUGAAAAUAAAGUGAAAUUAAAACAGCAAGAAAAGUCUAAAACGGAAACCUCCAGUAGUGAAAUUAAGACUACUAUGAGUUCAUCUAAUUUGACAUCAUCUAAAUCUAAAAGUAAUUCAAGUGAUAGUAAAAGUUCUAAAAAUGAUUUGAGCCCUAAAAGUAAUUUAUCAGAUGUAAUAGUUAAGAAAGAAUCUAAAGAAAGUCUUGUAAGUGUUCAUCAAAUGUUGCACAAAGACAGAAAUUUGAUCAAGUCUGUAAGUCACAGUGGUGAAAAAAAGAAAAAGCCAGACAUAGUUAUAAAGGCAGAGAAAAACAAUCUUCAUACAAAUGGUAGCUUCACCUCAUCUGUAAAUAAAAAUUCAAAAUCUAAAACAAAUUUUGAAAGUCAUAAUAAAAGUAUUAAAAGCAGCUCUAAAACAAGCCUGAAUGGAAAAUCCUCCAAAGAGAAAACUCAACAUGUAAAAGUUGAUCCUGGAAACUAUGAGGAAAAUGAUGGAUAUGAUUCAGAUGUUCAAAUUAUUGAGAUGCCUGCUAAAGAGCCAGAAGUGUAUGAGCUCAGUGAGUCUGAGGCUGAGGAGCAGCCAAUGGAAGAAAAACAUUUUUCUUUUUCUGAUGAGGUUGAUAUGUUAUCAGAUUCAGAUACAUUUGAUGAAUGUCUCAGGAUUUUUCAGGAAACUGAGAGACAGUUAGCAGCAAAGGCUAAAUUGGCCAAACUAACUCCUGAACAAUCUAAAAAAUUAAAGACUCAGACAAGUUUUGAAGAACCUGAAAACAUCCUAGCUACUCUUGGCAAGAAGAGGAUGGCACAUAGUGCUGCUAAUAAAAUACGAAAGCCAAUAACAGCCCCAGCACAGAUGAGACCAAGAAUGAGUCCUGCUGAAGUCAUGCAUAAUCGUAUUGUUGAGAUGCAGAAAAGAGCUUUGCUAAAAGCUGCUGCUAGAGAAGGGAGAGAAUCUGAACUGCCAUCAGACUUAACUGGUAAAAGCUACAAACUUUCUGAAAAUAAAUCAAACUCUAGUCCUUCACUGCUGACAUCUUCUGCUGACAGUGCUUUAGCUGCUUCUAAGAAGAGAGAAGCUCACAUUCCCAAGCCUGCGACGCCAGUCAAAUUGGGUACAACACGACCAGGUAGUAGUGUCUACUCCCCCAAUUCUUUCUACUCCAAGAAGAGAAAAAGUGAUACACCCGGAAAUUGUGAAAUUUCUGGAGGCAGGCUUGUUACAAUAGCAAGCACAGCUUCCAAGACUGAGAAGCGCAAAGCACAUGAACCAACAAUGACUAAUUUAAAACGUCCCAUUAUUCCUACCUCAUUUGGAGACAAAGUUCCUAGCAACAUACGUCAACGUUAUCUCAAUAUUGUCAUAGAAGAAUAUCUGAAAUUCAGUUCAGAAGAAACAGCAUUUCAAAAGGCCCAAGAGGAAGAAGGGACUGUUUAUGAAAGAGCUUGCAAUAAAAAUAUUUAUAUUCGCCUCUUGGUAAAUGCUGUUAAAAAAAUCAGGGAGAAAGCCUCUGAGUCUCAACCUUCAUCCUCUAAGAAACAUUGUCCUGGGCUUACAUCGCAGCCAUCACAUAUGUCUCAGUCCCAUGCAGCCACACUUGGAGGAUCUCAUGCAGCCAAAACCAGCUUUACUUUAAAUCGAUCUGGUGUCCCAGGGAAAAAUUUACCAAUAAAUAUUACUGGCAAAGGAUUAUAUGAACGUCUAGUGAAAUACAUUUUGACUGAAGAUCAGCUUAGAGCCAAUGGAUAUCCUAGACCUUCUUCAAAUGGAAACAAUAAAGUGAUUUUUUAUAAGGAAGAUGCAAAGGACAGCUUAUUGAAAGAUAAUGAAAGAACUUGCAGACGCUGUGGGAAGAGAUAUUAUGUCAACAAAGAUGGAAGCCCAGCAUCUGUAGAAAAGUGUAUAUAUCACUACGGUAGUGCUUAUAAAAUGAAAAUUGCAGGAUCACUGGAAUCUCGUUAUUCUUGUUGUAGUGAAAGAGCUGGCACCCAAGGAUGUCAAGUGGCCGAGUUUCACGUCAAUGAAAGAAACAAGACUGAAAACCUGUCUGGCUAUAUGAAGACACUACCAUCACCUGAUAACGACUACAAAGUGUAUUCUCUUGACUGUGAGAUGGUCUACACUAAAGCAGGUCUAGAACUGGCCAGAGUCACUGUUGUUGGUGAGGAUUGCAACACUGUGUACGAGAGCCUUGUCAAACCUGAUACAGAUGUCAUUGAUUAUAAUACCAGAUUUAGUGGUAUUACUGAGGCAAACAUGAAAGGUGUCACAACUAAUUUGAGAGGUGUCCAGGCUGUCAUGCUUAGCUUGAUAUCAGAUAAGACUAUACUCAUUGGACACAGUUUGGAGAGUGAUCUGGUCGCUUUAAAGUUGAUACACAGUACUGUUGUUGAUACAUCUCUAGUGUUUCCACAUCGUUUGGGACUUCCUUACAAGCGUGCACUUAGGAAUCUUAUGGUUGACAUUUUGCAAAAGAUCAUCCAAGACGAUGCUGGUGGCCAUGACAGUAAAGAGGAUGCUGCAGCAUGUAUGCAGUUGAUGCAACACAAAGUGAAGGAAGAUGCAAAGAGAGAAAUCAGAAGAAUCUGAACUUACAAGAGUAAAGUUCUAGUACUGAACUAUCACUUUUUCUUUUGUGAUACUUUUGUAUCGUCCUGUGGAUUGUAUGGGAAAAGACAAAGUUGUAAAAUUCCAUUGUCUAAUAAAUGAAAAACAUGGGAACAAAUUAUUUUUAAAUUUCUAAGUUUGUUUCUAAAUGUAUGUCAAAAUCCCCUUGAGAACCCAAAUAAUAAAAUGAUUGUAUGGCUUUGUUCAACUAUGUUCUCAAAGACCUCAGCUUUGUUAUGCAGAAGACAUUCUCACCACACCCCCCUUGUAGAGUUGUAAUCCCAUGGUUCAGAGUAGCAGUUAAAAAUUAUUUGUUUCCAUUUUCAGUCAAACAUUUAAGAAAUGAAAUAGCAUAUCCCAUUAACUGCAACACUAUUGGUUGUUAUGUUACUCAGUAUUUCCUUUGAUCUGUCCAUUGUUCUUAAUGCUAGUGUACCAAGCUUUCAUUUUGUAUAUACUUGUGUUUUUCUUUGAAAUGUUCAGUGUACAAAUCUCUUGACAGAACAAUAAAUGUACAUUUUCAGUGAGCUUCAUGUAUUAGACUUCUGUAGAUAACCAUCAUUAAUUUAUCAAUAGCUGUGUUCCUUGGAAAUAUGGAGUGUGUGUUAAGAAAGAAACCAUUUGAUACUGUGUAUGUAUAUUUGUUGAAAUGGCUAUAGCUGUGUCGGAUAAAAUUGUUUUGAGGUAGGUAAGCCAAUGAUAUUAUUGGCUUGGAGCUAUUUAUACAAUUUUACAGAUGUAAUAGUUUCUUUGAAAUUUGAUGCGUAUUGCUAGACUUGUUAAUUUAAUUCUUUGUUCAAAUGUCCAGCUACAAUAUUACUAAAAAAAAAAGAAUUUGGUGCAAAAACAACAACAAAUGUAUAGUAUUUAUUGUGUCAAGAACUUUUUUGUUUGUUUGUAUUUCUCUUGCACUUCCUUAGUUUCAAGCUGUUGGUUUGUUAUAAGAAUGAAAAUGACAAAGUGUAAAGCUGGUUUUCUUUGCUGUCAGUCACUAAAGUGUCAUAAAAGUUGGUGAACAGAUUGAGACUGGAUGAAAAAGUUCAUUGACUGUUUAGAAUCAUUUCUUGAGACUGGAUGAACUAGUUCAUUGACUGUUUAGAAUCAUAACUUGAGACUGGAUGAACUAGUUCAUUGACUGUUUAGAAUCAUUUCUUGAGACUGGAUGAAAAAGUUCAUUGACUGUUUAGAAUCAUAACUUGAGACUGGAUGAAAAAGUUCAUUGACUGUUUAGAAUCAUAACUUGAGACUGGAUGAACUAGUUCAUUGACUGUUUAGAAUCAUAACUUGAGACUGGAUGAAAAAGUUCAUUGACUGUUUAGAAUCAUAACUUGAGACUGGAUGAAAAAGUUCAUUGACUGUUUAGAAUAAUUUCUUGAGACUGGAUGAAAAAGUUCAUUGACUGUUUAGAAUCAUUUCUUGAGACUGGAUGAAAAAGUUCAUUGACUGUUUAGAAUCAUAACUUAAGACAGGAUGUUAAAGUUCAUUGACUGUUUAGAAUCAUAACUUGAGACAGGAUGAAAAAGUUCAUUGACUGUUUAGAAUCAUAACUUAAGACAGGAUGUAAAAGUUCAUUGACUGUUUAGAAUCCUAACUUGAGCUGUAGUUCUUUGAGCUAGUCUACAUGCAUAGCAUCUACCUAUCAUCACUUCGGCAUGUUGACAGGGGAAAAGGGAGGGAAUUACUUACACGAAUUGUCAAGGGACAGAUAAUGAGGACUAUGUUGUCAUUUUUCUAAUCUUUUAUUUAUGUUUAGACUUCAGUUUUAUUCUUUUUCAUGUCUGAAUUGGACAUUGCCAUAGUUUACACUCGUACUAUUGAAUAAGAAAAUCGAUUGGCAUUCAAGAAACAUAAUUCAAUAAAUGAGUAACCCGUUCAUCAGUGUAAUGUACACUAUUCUCAUAGAUUAAUGUGUCGGCUAGUUUUUAUUUGUACUGUUGAUGAGAAGAAACAGUGGUGUACAAAAAGUUGUAAAUAGUUUGAUGUGUAACUCUGUGACCAAGUGAGUGCUGGGAGACGUCAUGUCAAUUAAAGUACUUAUGACCUCAGUCAAUUAACAUAAUUGUUAUACGUGUUUGCAUUUUUCUAAUAAAUAGAUGACAUUAAAAACCCUUUUUUUUUUUAAAUUCCAUUUCUGUUGUACUGUCCUGGUCUAUGGAGUUUUCUUCUGUCAUUUGUCA